GAAAACUACAACAAGACAUCGUCCGAUUAAACAGCUAUGCCUGCUAGUGCGUUUAAAAUCAACUCAAAUCUUUAUAUUAGCUGGAUCCGUAUUAUUAACCCUUCUGAUAACUGUCAUAUGCAUUGGCCUUACAAUGCGCUAUGAGGUGGAGAAUGAAGUUGCCAAUGUGGCAGAUGUAAACUAUUGGAAAGAUCGUGUGUCUGUUGAGCAAAAGUUGUGGUACGAUAAGGGAAUAGAAGAGGUAAAUAUGGCCUUAAAAGAGCCAUCGACUGAGAAUACAGUUAAAAAUGUGAGAAUAUUUGUGAUUGAAGGUAUUGGAUAUGAAGAAUUAGCUGCCAACAGAUUUCCCCUAAAUAUCAAUAACAGUAAAGAGAAUACAAAUUUCGUAUGGGAUCAGUUUUCCCAUGUGGCCAGAUUGAAAAUGAAUUGUAUAAUUCCAUGUCCAAAGAAUUGGAUACAUCAAGCAUUAUGGACGGGAGUCCCGUUAGAUGUAUUGCAAAUGAUGAAUACGAAUUGCAGUAGCCAGGCAAAGGAUGGCCAUCUAUUGAGUUUGUUGCGUCAGGCGCAAUUGGCUGGUUUACGCACAGGAUUUGUAACCAAUCAACGUCUGACAGGACCAACAGGAGCUGCUCUCUAUGGAAAACAUGCUUCCAAUCUGUCUAACGAGUGUGAAAAGCAAUCGUCCAACGAAACGCUCUGUAAUGAUGAUAUAGCCACGCAAUUAAUCUUUGGUGAAACUGGAAAACAUCUGAAUGUCAUAAUGGGCGGCGGUAGGCAAAUGUUUAACCAUGAAGUUCCUGUCACCAAUUCCGAUCCCAUUGAUGAUAACUUGUGCAGGGCCAGUUAUGAACGAAAUUUGCUCAAAAAUUGGCGUCUACAGAAACUAAGACAAGUCGAAGACCAAACACGACAAAGAUUUGAACUCAUUCAGCAUUUUGGUGAACUUGAGGCCAUAAAUGGCAGCAAAUAUGAUUAUCUAAUGGCUGUUCUUUCGAAUGGUGAUCUAAACAGAAAUCUUAAAGUAUCCUCAUUUCAAUUGAUGUUGAAGAAAACUCUACAGGUUCUUAAUCGAUCAAAUGCUGGUUAUCUUUUAAUUGUUGAGCAGUUUGUUCAUGCGGAAAUGAACAAAAGGGAACAGCUCCAAAUGCUAAAUGAAACAUUGACAGAUUUACCAAGAGAUAAACACACACUUAACUUAGUUCUGUUUACCAGUAUUGAAAGAACCUUGAAUGGUUUUUUGCCUUCCGAUAGUCUUGUCUUUGUACAGGGUCCGAAAUCUUCAAUAUUCCUCGGGGUGAGGGAUGUCAAUUACUUGGCUCAAGCUGUGACCUAUGCUCUCAAGAAUUAAUGAUAACACGAAAAAUAAUUUCCACGAGAAAACAAGGAAACAAUUUACUCAGAUAUUUUGCAUAAUUAAUUUAUUUAAUAAACUUGAACUAAUUAAA